AUGGACUAUGACUUGAGACCCGACGAUACUGUGAUCGCCCUCAUGGGCAUCACAGGUGUGGGGAAGAGCACCUUUAUACAGUAUUUUACUGAUGACAUUGUGGAAGUGGGCGGGUCUCUGGAAUCUUGUACCGCUGCGGUGGGCAUAUACCGAUGCUACACCAACUCAAUCGGCAGGUUUUACCUUAUCGAUACCCCUGGAUUCGACGAUACGCACAAAUCUGAUACCGACGUUCUUCGUGAAGUCGCGUUUUGGCUCAACGAAGCUUACCGACGCGACGUCAAAUUGACUGGAAUCAUUUACCUGCAUCGCAUCAAUGAUGUGCGAGUGGGCAAUGCGGCAAUGAAGAAUCUUCGAAUGUUCAAAAGGCUUUGCGGAACCGAGAGUCUGGCGAGUGUGGUCCUUGCUACCACUUUCUGGGACAAUGGACCAGACUUUCAAAAGUAUCUUCAGCGAGAACAUGAGUUGAAAACGAAAGACGACUUUUGGAGGGGCAUGAUCCAAAAUCAGAGCAAGGUAUUUCGCCAGGACAAUGGACGCAUAUCCGCAACACGCAUCAUUGAGUAUCUGGUUCGACGAGACCGUGGACCCACGAGAAGUCGCCCGACAUUGGAUAUCCAGAAACAAAUGGUUGACCAAAGGAAGCCCUUGGAUGAGACCGGAGCUGGCCAGGAAGUACAGGUCUGGCUUACACAACAGCGGGAAGCAUAUGAGAGGAAGCUCGCGCUGAUGAGGGUGGAAUGGGAGCAAGCUCUCCGGGAAAGAGAUAAAGAAUGGCAGAGGGACCUGAACAGGAAUAUCCAAGAGAUCGAGGCGAAAAUCAAGCGAGACGAAGAAGAUAAGAUCAGAUUACGGGCUGAUAAUGCUGCGUUACAUCAAGAGCAUGAAGAGCUCUUAAGAGCGAGGGCGAAGCAAAUCGCCGAUCAACUUGAGCAUGAGCGUGCUUUGCAACAGCAGAAUGCUUCACAUGCGCAGGAAUUGCAGCAAGCCAUUGACGCGGGAGAAGAGCACAGGAAGAAGCUAGAGAUCCAAAAGAGGAAAUAUCAGCAGCUGGUGAAUUACAGAUGCACGGUGAUGUGA